UUGUUGCUUUCAAAAGGCAGUAUCGAAGGUAAACAGGAAGUUGCAGCUCGUUGACAAGGUGGAUAUUUAGCCAUUAACCAGGCUCGGGUUAGAAGGAAAUAUACCUACGACUACCUGUGACCUAGUUGAAUCGAUCAGGACAAACCAAGCCUGAAGGAUCAAAUAUUGACCGCCUUGCACAAGUUCACAUUGUUCGUGGAUGCAACUAUUUGUAUCGAUCAGUGGAAAGUUACACGUAUAUACGGGUAGGUAGGAUCUGAGUGUAUUGCUGACUCGGUCUACCGACAGGGACGAUCGUUGCUGAGACAGAAGCUUGAAGGACAUCUAUUUCAGACGUUGAUCACACCUACAGUGAAAAGUCAACCAUGCCUUCCUUAUCUCGGACGUACAAUGAGAUACAAUGCAGCCCGUCAACCACAGCCGUCACCGCCAUGAUAAGCCUUGUCCUUCCAUUCGCCAUGGUAGCUAUGGGAACCAUUCACAUGGAUAAUUGUCCUGCUGAAAAGUACAUUCCUAUCUACCUGAUCGUGGGAGGAUCCUUCACCAUCCUCGUCGUUGCAGUGCGCGUCUUGGUGAAGAUAUGUUGCUCUGGUGAAGGGAACACCUUUCUCUUUGACCUCAUCUCCAUCAUCAUAAAUCUCGUCUUAGGUCUUUUCAUGUUUGCCUGGUUUAUUGCAGGCAGCGUGUGGAUCUACGGCCUCCACACUAAAUACGACCCAACAGACAAGACUGCCGCCAACUACUGUGACAACACGUUUUACUUGUUCGCGUUCUGGUGCACCACGGCAAGCUACAUCCUGAUCGCAGUCAUGGUCUUCAUAGCCUGCUGCUGUUGUCGAAAAUAGUCGACAACACUCAUGUGCGGUAGUUGUAAAUGGUUGACUUGUGUAAUGAGCAGCGGUUACGGUGUUUGUAUUUGAAUAUAUGUCACAUUAUUUAAACGGCAAAGUCAAAAGUGUCCGUCCGUUGCAAGCUGGUUCAGUUUCGGAAAGAAAUUGCACUGACUGGGACAUCUUGAUUGUAAAUUAGCCGACAACCGCUUUUUGUCGGUGUCGGUGACAAUUUUUAUUGCGUUCUUGGAGGAGCUAUACAAAUAAUAUUUUUUAUCACAGCUCAUUUUUAGAGACAACAAGCAUGUCCAGCCAUCAUUUUUGUCUUAAACCCACCCAAACAAAACUUAGAUUUUUCUCGUGUUUGCAGAGACAACUUUCUUUAACACCUCACCCAUCCAGGACCUUCAUAUCCUUACCGAAAAUAGUUGGGAAACGAUUUUAAAGAAUAUGUUUUGUACGUUUACUUACUCUUUCACUUAUUCAAUUCCAGCUGCUGUAUUAUGACUAGUAUAGUCCUUGGUCACGUGAAUACACACCAGGAAGUGAUAGCUCUCACUCUGUAGCUGCUAUGUCUAGAAGUGAUUACAAUGAUGUUAAGACUAAGCAUUUCCCAUGGUCUUACUCUUUGUAGUAUGUCUUGUUAAAUGUUGAUAUAGGUGUGAUAGAAUUAUACAUCGUCAUACCCCCGACCUGAAAGGGUGGGGUUUUAUACGAGUAGUUACACCAGGGAAUUCCGUCCGUCCUUCCGAGGACAUUUUUUGUGCGACCUGUAAACUUGAACAUUGCUGCUUAGAUUCUUUUCAAAUUUGGUGAACACUUUUUAUACUAAUGGGGGAGGUGCAGUGCGAAGUUUGGUUUCAAUGUUUGGAUUUUCGUACAAAUACAGCUUUUUACAUUUUUUACUUCGAAUUUAUUUACUUCAAUAAUUGUACGACCUAGAACUUGAAACCUGCCUACUGGAUUCUUUUAGAAUUGGUGGUAUAGUUUCAAUACCAAUAGGAGAGGCUCCUCGCCAAUUUUGUGUUCAAUAUUUAUAUUUUCUGAAACAAAACAUAGCUUUUUCAUACGUUUACUUUGGUUUUGUUUACUGAAACAUUUGUGCAACCUAUAACUAGAAAUUAAUUCAAUGUUAUUAUCAAAUUAAGGGAACUUAGUUUAUUUUUUAUAUAGGUAUUUUCUGAAAGAAAUAUGUUUUUGAUGUUGUGAAAUGAGAAUUAUUUUUACUUCAACAUUUGAGCGACAUGUAACUUGAAAAAUACUUCUACUUCAACAUUUGAGCGACCUGUAACUCGAAAACUGUUUCUACUUCAACAUUUGUGCGACCUGUAACUUGAAAACUGCUUGAUGUAUUCUUUUCAAUUGAGGGUACAGUUUCUAUACCAGUAGAAGGAGAGGUACAGAAUGAUUUUGAUAAGUGGAUUUUCUUAGGAAAUAUUGCUUUUUUCAUGUUUUGAACUCAUGUGAUUGUCAACUUUGUAGUACAAAGUCCCGUUCCACAAGGCGUCGUAGCACAACGACAGCCAUUUUGAAAGUCAAUGUUUAAGUAUGGGAGUAUGUAUAUCAUGCGACACCUGAAUAUAAUAUUUUCUUCUU